AUCCAGUGAUGAACAAGAACAAAUAGAAAUGGAAAUGAAUUAGACUAAAUUGUUAUGAAAAUCACUCAUUCAUUUAUAAAAUAUUCAUAUUAUAAUGAUAAUAAUUAUUAGAUUAUUAAAAACUUUUAAAAUCAGGUAAACAACUUCAAUUUUGCUUUCUUAAAGAAGAAACGAUAUUUUAGUGCAAAAUUUAUAUAGCGGAGUGUUGCGUGCUUUUCGCACACUCGACCGCACUAUUCAUACCAUGUCUGUAGUACAAAUUGAUGGAAGUUUAGGCGAAGGUGGAGGUCAAGUAUUAAGAAUAGCACUUUCUCUAAGUGCAUUGUAUAAAAUUCCAAUUAAAAUUAAUAAUAUACGAGCAGGCCGUCCUAAACCUGGACUUGCUGCACAACAUUUAAAAGGAGUAGAACUAUUAAAAGCUAUGUGUAAUGCAGAUGUUCAUGGAGCAUAUAUAGGAUCAACAUUUCUAGAAUUUAAACCUGGUCAUUUAAAUGAAAAAAGAAAUAAUACAUUUCUUAUAGAUACAGGAACUGCUGGUUGUAUUUGUUUGCUAGCUCAAGUAGCUUUACCAUGUGCUCUUUUUUUUCCACAAAGAGAUAUGGUUACAUUAAUUCUUAAAGGUGGUACGAAUGUUCCUAUGGGACCACAUAUAGAAUAUCUCACAGAAGUAUUGAAGCCAUUACUUAAUAAAUUUGGAGCAGAUUUUGAUUUUAGAGUUAUAACAAGGGGUUAUUAUCCAAAGGGAGGUGGAGAAAUAUAUUUAUAUAUAAAACCUGUACAUAUUUUGAAAGCUAUUACUUUAACUGAUCCAGGAAUUCCCCGUGAAAUAUUAGGUUGGGCAUAUGUUGCAGGUGUUGUUCCUAUUAAAGAAGCACAUAAAAUGGCCAAUGAUGUAAAAUCAAUUUUAACAGAAGGUCUAAACAAGCAUAAUAUUCCAUUACCAUCUAUAAAUAUUGAAGUCUAUAAAGAGGAUAAAUCUAUAGCUAUUGGUAAUGGUUCUGGCAUUAACGUAACGUGUACUACGACUAGUGAAUGUAUUUUUGGUGGAUCAGGAUUGGGUUCUGGACGUCAAGAGCAAAUAGCUCCGGGUAUACAAGCAGCUAAUGAAAUUUUGGAUACAAUUUUAGCAAGAUCUUGUGUCGACGAUUACGCGCAAGAUCAAUUAAUCAUCUUUAUGGCUCUAGCUAAAGGUACUUCUAGAAUUAAUCUUGGCAGUAAAAAACUUACUUGUCAUACAGAAACAGUUAUAAAAGUUGCAGAGUUGAUGUUAGCUCAAUUUAAUCUUCAUUUUAACUUAUGUGAAAAUAGUAAUGAUGGAGAUAAUAUUUCAUACAGCUUAGAAUGUAAAGGUUGUGAAUAUGAAAAUAAAUAUGCAGAAUAAAAAUG